AACGUCACGUUGAAACCGCAAGUGAUGGCAUCUUCUCACCUUUGCACUUCGACAGAUCUAUCUUGAAGUCGCAGAGCCAUCGAGCUCAGUUUCCCGGUCAAGCAUGAACCGAAAUCUGCUUCCAUCCUCAGUCGGCCUGAUAGAUCCUAUUGUAAUCUGUCUAAGGCGAGUAUACAUAGGGCGUUUGGCAGAUUCUGCGACUGUUCAUUCGCCUGGACCAAGCACAGUACUGUCUUUACGGAUGUUCCACGAGUUUGUUGUGUGGUUGUAGUUCGCACGAUUGAACGCAUAACCGACAUCAGUUGUUUCCCAAAGUCUGCUGUCUGUGGUGGCAUCUACCCAGCAAAUGAGCAACCAUCCGAUCCGCAUGCCUGGGUUGAGCAGUGCAGUCUCCAUGAUAGCCUGCUUAUUCCCCAUCACUCCUUUCUCUUCGUCCACCACCAUCGCCUCCUCGACGGAGGAGUCCUCGCCGUCAAGCUCUUCAGCAUUCGUUCUUUCAUCCACUUUUUUCAGUGUUUCGUUGACAACGUCUACUUCGCUUUCGUCGACUGGUUCUUUGGAAACCUCACUUGCUAGUCCAUCACACUCCUUUGACUUAACUAGCUCGAUCUCUUCUACUGCAUCGACAAGUAUGGCCACUUCAAGCGCUGAAACUACUGAUAUUUCUGUUUCGGCUUCGUUUUCGAGCAGUUCGUCUGUGAGCUCCUCGGAAAUUUCGUCUUCAAGCAGCAGCGCAUCUCUCACAUCAUCAUCUUCCUCCCUCCCCUCUUCCACCUUGAGCGAGACUUCCCCCAUUUCGUCCUUUUCAUUAUCGCAAUCUCUCAGCACAUCCUCGAGCAAUUCUGCGUCCUCUUCUACAAUUACAUCCCCCACACCUUCUCCUGUUCCUUCUUCCGCGUCUUUUACUGCUUCUUCGUCCACAUUCUUUUCAUCAUCGUCAUCAACAACUCCAUCACUUUCAUCCGCCCGGCAUACAUCGACAUCAUCAUCCAAAACAUCUUCGCUUAUCCUCAUCUCUCACCCCUCGAGUUUGAGUUCAAACAAUACAAGUUCAACGAGCAGUCUGGUAGCGACUGUAAACUCGAGCUCAUUUCUACAAGCUACACCAAAACCCAGUCCUACAACGCGUGUUUCGACUGUAGAUCCCACUGCUAGUGGUACCAACGGUACUUUCAGCAGUAGUGCUACCAACAUCGCUUCCAACGGUGCUUCCAACAGUAGUGCUUCGAAUUCGACAGACAACGGUUCCGAGUCUUUGAAUGCUGAAACAAGUGCUAUGAGAAAACAUCAACGUAUCAAAAUAGCUGCAGGAACUGCUGGUGGAAUCGUUGGUGCUGCUUUACUGGUCCUCUUGGUCCUUCUUCUUUUGCGCUGUCGCUCUCGUCGUCGCAAGAAACUCUCGUUCAUCCAACCGUUGCGUCGCAGCAGUGGUGGGACAUGGAUAGGCACGCCUCUCAACGAUGCAGAGUCUAUGGGUUCAGGCUCGAAUGAACAUUUGUGGGGUCGAAACCUCCAGGGUACCGGUGAUAGUAUGCGGUACGGCGACAAAGACAUACUUCCAAGCGACCCUCCACUUCCUACCGGCCAAAAUGACUGGGCGUUCUUCCAGCAAUCCUCUUCCAUUCCAUCACGACCUUCGCAAUUGCCACAGCCGCUGAUACCACCGCAGCCUUCCACAACAACAUACCGGCAGCGGUUUGACAUAUCACCUCCAAACUCAAGUAGCCCGUUUAUUUCAAGUUGGGGACAGGGCCCGUCGCAACCUCAGGGAAUACAAAUAGGGACACUGGUAGUGCCAGAAAUUGUCAUUAACUCGCCGUCCGAGAUUGAUGAUGGUGCCUUCAACGGAGGCCGGGCCAACGACCCUGUUUUCGACUCUCAUGUCGUUCCGAUCUCCCCGAUGGCAGUCGUUACACCAACGAAUACAACCUUCAAUGAUGGUGGAACUCCCACUCCACGUCAGGCUACAUUCAAUAACCCUUUCCGACGGGCAUCCGUACAGACUAGUUACUCACAAGGAUCAGAUUCGUCGAGGUACUCUGUGCCUUCGCCUUCGACGUAUUCCUCGUUAUACCAGCAAUUAAACACCCCUCCCGUCCCGCCGUUGCCAUCCAAUGAUCGUGCAGGUCCCCGUUGGAGUCCAGGCCCGACAGCUGUCAUGCCGUCACAGUUGGACAGUCGAACUAGUGUAGCUAGUGCUGGCGUUAGUCACCUUAGUAGUAGGUUCAGCGUGGGAUCUUCAAUGGAAUCUGUCAGGCGUGCAUGGUGAGCAGGCAUUAAGGACGGAGGAACUAUCGGCAUGUCGGUUGCAUCAAAAGCAUCGUUGACUGUACCAUUGGACAAAUUUCAACUGUUGGCUGUAGUACAGUUGGGGCGGUUCACCAUUAUUUAUUGACGCUGCAUGUAUGUACGUGGUAGAUGAUAACAUAUAUUAUGGGUGAGGUUGCACCUGUAAUUGUUCAAACAACUUGACUGACCUUUCGUUGGAUGCAAUGAACUCUGUCUUGGUAU